UCUGAGAGGAUGCUUCCAAGGUAUUUAAAGUGUGUUACAGCAGCCAGGGAAUGAGUCUGAGAUGGAGAAUGUGUUUCUGGUGGAGGAUCAGAUGACCACUGACUUGGGACCUCUGUUUUGGGAUGUUAACAGACAGCCCCAUUCUGCUGUAUGCUCUAACAGCUGCUGUGAGGGUGGCUUGUACAGCUUCUGGGGUACGGGCCACGAGCGCAGUCAUCUGUGUACAAGGAGACAUAGGGCACAUAGGGGACAUAGAGGAUGUGCUUGUCCCAACAUAAUUUCUUCGCUGUUGGAAUGGGCUCUGGUGACAUGGAAAAAAGUCCAAGACGACCAGCACCUCCGUGGAAGCACCGCCUGUUGCACGCCACCAGCAUGUUACUUUUCUCACAGAGUGAGCUCCCAUAAACUUUGUCUUCCCAGACUUACCCACAAGGCAGUGGCACGGUGGUUGGCCGAUGCCAGGGCGUGUCCACAUAAUGUGGGCCUGUGCACUGCACCUCUGGGUACCGCUGUAGCUCCAAGAUCCCCUGCCGAGUGAGCCUGGGACCACGGGGACGCCCAGUUAACGGGUGUUACCACGAGGAGGCCCGGCAGGCGUCUUGGUGAAGGAGAGGCUGUAUACUGGCAAGUGAAGGCUUACAUGCAGAGCUUCCCGGUUUGCCACAAGUGCUCGCCAGUGGAAGCAAGCUGUAAGCGAGAGGGUUACAAGCAGGUGGGAAGUAGGCAUGCACCUUCCCUCUAACUACUGCACAACUGCACCAGAUGCAUCAAAACACCCUGUGGGGUACACACACACACACACACACACAGCGGCUGCUCUCAUUGCUGUCUGAUUAAACGCAGCUCUAUUAGGUCAGGAAACAAAAGCGAUGAUGCAUGAGACUGUUUUCUGGUCUCCUCUCUCUCCAGGUUCUUCCUCAAGUUCUUCCUGAAAUGCAACCAGAACUGUCUGAAGAAUGCAGGGAACCCACGAGACAUGAGACGAUUUCAGGUGGUGGUGUCUACCACGGUGAGUGUGGACGGACAUGUCCUCUCUGUGUCUGACAACAUGUUUGUCCACAACAACUCUAAACACGGUCGAAGGGCCAGGAGACAAGACCCUUCAGAAGGAACACCCUCGUACCUGGAGCAUGCCACCCCUUGUAUCAAGGCCAUCAGCCCCAGUGAGGGCUGGACUACAGGCGGGGCUACAGUAAUUAUCAUUGGAGAAAACUUCUUUGAUGGACUUCAGGUCAUAUUUGGUACCAUGCUGGUCUGGAGUGAGCUGAUCACAGCCCACGCCAUCCGGGUGCAGACUCCCCCAAGACACAUCCCUGGGGUUGUAGAGGUCACUCUGUCAUACAAGUCUAAACAGUUCUGCAAGGGCACACCUGGACGCUUCAUAUACACAGGUAAAUACACCUUAAUUUAACACACCUGGACGCUUCAUAUACACAGGUAAAUACACCUUCAUUUAACACACCUGGACGCUUCAUAUACACAGGUAAAUACACCUUAAUUUAACACACCUGAUGCUACAUAUUUCCAGGUAAAUACAUCUUAAUUUAACACACUUGAUGCUACAUAUUCCCAGGUAAAUACACCUUAAUUUAACACACCUGAUGCUACAUAUUUCCAGGUAAAUACAUCUUAAUUUAACACACUUGAUGCUACAUA